AUGGGCAGGAGCGUCGCAGCAGAAGAGAAGCAGCAGGCAAGAAGGAGCUCACGAAAGCACAGCAGUCCCCGCAGGGGAGGAGCUGCAUCGCCGCAGUACAGAGGCAGACACUACAGCCCUAUCAACGGUCGUCCUCUUGCUGCUGCUGCUGCUGCUGCAGCAGGAGCAGCAGAAUCAAAACAUAACAGCAGCAAGCAUGGGCAGGAGCGUCGCAGCAGAAGAGAAGCAGCAGCAAGCAGCAGCAAGAAGAGUCGCAUGCAUUCUCCUCAGGAUCUACAUCAGUCAUUGCAGCCGCCUCCUUCUCCCCCACCUCCACCACAGCAGCAGCAGCAUCAACUGCAGCAGCAGGAGCAGCAGCAGCAGCAGCAGCAGCAGCAGCAGGGUGCACGAAAGAGCGUGAGAAAGCAGAACAAAGAAGCAACAAGAGAUGAAAUAACACACUUCUCCUGGAAGCCAGGCCUCUGGCUAAACAACAGAUAUCGAGUCCUCGCUAAACUAGGAGACGGAACAUUCGGCAGAGUUCUGCGCUGCGUAGAUGUGCUCAUGCAAACACAAGUUGCUAUCAAGGUAAUAGCAGCAGCAGCAGCAACAGCAGCAGCAGCAGCAACAGCAGCAGCAGCAGCACACGCAGCAGUAGCAGCAGCAGUUGAAACGGAAGCAAACGCAGCAGUAGCAGCAGCAGUAUUGGUACCAGCAGCAGCAGCACCAGCAGCAGCAGCAGCACCAGCAGCAGCAGCAGCAGUACGAGUAGUAGUAGUAGCAUAG